CCUCCUUUGUUCUUUUCUAUCAGACAAUCCCCAUCUCAGCAAUCAGUAAAUCGGCAUUGAAGUGAAGACGAACUCAAACCUCUGCGGGUUCUGGUGAUCCAUUUUUCCUUUUAUUUCAACAUAUAAUUUGAGAAGAUGUCAGGGCAAAGCCAACGGUUAACUGUAGUUCCAACAGUUACAAUGCUUGGAGUGAUGAAAAGUCGGCUUGUUGGUGCUACUAGAGGUCAUGCUCUUCUCAAGAAAAAGAGUGAUGCUUUAACAGUUCAAUUCCGUCAGAUUCUUAAAAAGAUUGUCACUACAAAGGAAUCGAUGGGAGAAGUAAUGAAAACCUCUUCCUUUGCCUUAACUGAAGCCAAGUACGUUGCUGGUGAAAACAUCAAGCACAUUGUUCUCGAGAAUGUGCAAAAUGCUUCUCUUAAAGUUCGAUCUCGACAAGAGAAUGUUGCUGGUGUCAAGCUUCCAAAGUUUGAGUAUUUCACUGAAGGUGAGAUCAAGAAUGACCUUACUGGAUUAGCCAGAGGCGGCCAGCAGGUCCAACUCUGUCGUGCUGCUAACAUCAAAGCAAUUGAGCUUCUUGUUGAGCUUGCAUCGCUUCAGACUUCAUUUUUAACCCUAGAUGAGGCCAUUAAAACGACUAAUCGAAGGGUCAAUGCUCUAGAAAAUGUUGUCAAGCCUAGGUUGGAGAAUACCAUCAAUUACAUCAAGGGAGAAUUGGAUGAGCUUGAAAGGGAGGAUUUCUUUCGCUUGAAGAAGAUACAGGGUUAUAAGAAGAGGGAAAUAGAAAGACAGCUGGCUGCUGCUAAACAGUUCGCUGAGGAGCAGUUUGCUGAGAAGGUUUCUUUGCAGAAAGGAAUUUCACUCAAUCUCGCACACAACUUGUUAUCUGCUGGAGCUAACAAGGAUGAGGAUAUAAUUUUCUGAUGUGAAGGUUAGUUUAUGUGAUCACUUUUUCAUAUGUGGCUUUUUAUGUUCUGUUUACUCUCUGGUGGAGUAUUCUUAGUAAUAAUAUUUUUGCUGCUCAGAAGAGGACAACCUAAUAUUUUGAAUAAGAAGCUUUAUGUAUGAUACUAUUUAUUGUAUUGGUUUCAUUGAAUUAGCUUUCAUUUUCUGCAAAAUGCAGACAAGAGUUUUCUGGUCUA